CUCCACGCUGAAGACCCAGACGAAGUCCCCAUCGAAGUUUCGAACUAAGGCGUUGUUCAGUUAUUUAGUGCAAUUGAAAAACACAAAGCUGUGGUUCAUAAAGAGCGUUCACAAACUCACAGUGUGGUCUCUCGAGAAGUUAUGUCUUCGAAAGAUUUCCAAGAUACGUUCUAUGAUAUAUUGAACAAAGAAGGCGAAAAAGCUAAGAAACUACAUCCUACAAAAACAACCAAACGGGAAAUGAAAGAUGAACCAGUAGAUCUUCCAUCUGGUGAGAAGAAGCCCAAGUGGAGUGUCUUUGCAGACAAUUUUUACAAGGAGCCAACAUUACAAGGCUGGGAUUUAAAGAGUGAUGAUGAGGACCAGUGAAACCAUAUGCAUAAAAUUUAAAUUUACUGGUACUCUCAAGAUAACGUGAUUUUUGCUGAUAUUUUAAUUAUAAAUGUGAAUGUCUAUAUAAUACUGUUCUUUAUUUGGAAAAUAUUUGACAUUUAAACAUUAUCCUGUCUGUAAUAAAAUAAUUUAAUUUGUAAA